CCCCGCAGCAGCCGCCCCCCGUUUUGGGGCAGACCCCCGGGCACGAGCCUCCCGCGCCGGCCUCCGACGGGGAGCCGCCGCUGCCCGAGGAUGGCCCCGAGCGGCCGAAGGCGUCCGAGGAGGACGCGGUGGCCAGCGGGGAGAAGGAGGAGGAGGAGGCCUUCCUCGUCAGCCUCUACAAGUUCAUGAAGGACCGGCACACGCCCAUCGAGAGGAUCCCCCACCUCGGCUUCAAGCAGAUUAACCUCUGGAAGAUUUACAAGGCGGUGGAGAAGCUGGGGGCCUACGAGCUGGUAACGGGGCGACGGCUCUGGAAGAACGUGUACGAUGAACUCGGGGGCAGCCCCGGCAGCACCAGCGCAGCCACUUGCACCCGGCGCCACUACGAGAGGCUGGUCCUUCCGUACGUGCGGCACCUCAAGGGCGAGGACGACAAGCCGCUGCCCCCCAGCAAGCCCCGCAAGCAGUACAAGGUCUCCAAGGGCGCCGAGACGGGCGAGAAGAGCAGGAGGAGCAAGAAGGAGAAGGGCCGGGAGCAGAUGCCGCCGGAGAAGGCGAAGCCUGAGGCUGUGGCCACCCCUGGAGGCAGCAAGGAGGAGCCGGCGGAGGCCCCGGAGCGAGGCCGACCGGCCGAAGGACGCGCCAGCCCCGCAGCCCCAGCGCCAAGCCCCUCAGCGGGGUGUGCAGGCACCUGCAGAGCCCACGCCGAAGCCUACAAACGCCUCUUCUCCAGCUUUUACUCCAAAGGCAACCACCCCAUCAUGUCCCCGCUGGCCAAGAAGAAGCUGCUGGCCCAGGUGAGCAAGGCCGAGUCCUUGCACUGCCACAAGCGCCACUGCCCAGAGGGCCGGCGGGGGGCGAGCGACGCUCACCCCAGCACAAGCCCCGAGCCCCCCCGGCCAGCAGAGGAGCGGAGGAGCCCGGAGCCUCCUGGAUUUAAGGAUCCAUCCCGAGGCAGCAGGAGUGAGGUGGGAUCCGUCCCCAGCGCCUCCCCAGGGGGGAGAGACAGCCAGCCCUACCCCAGAGCCGAGGAGGGGGGCCCCGCGCCCGCCGUCUUCACCGGCUACUUCCACGCCUACCACAACAAGGUGCUGAAGCCCGUGAGCUGCCACCCCCUCGGGGGCUACUUCUCCAGCUUGAAGGAUUUUUUGGAGCCGCAGCCGGAGGACACGGAGCAGCCCCAAGACCUGCGGAGCAAAACGGGGCAAGCGUGGAGCGGGGAGGGCCCGCGGGCGGCCGCUUUCACCGCUGUUAAAUCUUGCCGGGUGCCCCCCGGGGCCGGCUUCGCGCCACCGACGCAGAGCCCCACAGUGCCGGGGGGCAAGCGGAGCCGGGAGGAGGAGGCUUUCGGCCCCGGCAAGAAGCUGCGGGCUGUGUCCCCCUUCGUCAAGGAGCCCGAGGGCAGGGACAAGGGCGCUGGCUCGCCCAGGGGCCAGCAGGUGCUGGCCAAGCCCAAAGCCAUCGUGCCUGGUCCCGCCUACACCGCCCCGCUGCCCGCCGUGCCUCCAGCCCCGGACGUUUACAAGGGAGCGAUGCUGCGGUUCCCGGUGAGCUUCGCCAACCCGCUGGAGCACCUCAAAACCCCGGCGGCGCCGCUGAUGCCGUCCCUCUCCGUCAACCCCUUCGUCAUCCCUGCUUUCCCCAGCCCUUUGAUAGCCGCCUCCACGCAGCCCUCCGACCUGUGCCGGCCGCUGGCGACCGGCCCCGGGCACUACCCCACGUCCUACGAGAGCUCGCUGCAGCACCGGCUCUACCCCGUGGCGACGUGGCACAGCCAGCCCACCUACGCCACCCCGCACGCGUCGGCCUUCCACCGCAAUGCCAAGCUGUAGGGUUUUCGCCCCGAUCCGGACCGGCCUCGUCCUCGCAGACAGGUGGCCGUGGGGGUGCCGUGGUGGCCGGAGCCCAUCGGCGCUUCAGAGCCGCCACGUCCCGCGGCAGAGACGAGCUGAGCUGGACCGUGUCGUUUUUACUUCUGAUCUUAGAGCUGUUUGUAUCUGCCAUCGUUCGCCGGUGACUUAACUUCCAGUAUCACAAGGUUAUAUAUAUAUUAUAUAUAUAUAAAAAAAGGGAGCAAAGUGAGCUGCAGGUUUCUAUUUUGUUAGAGAGGCCGUGCCCCGUGCAGUUUCACGCGGCCAAUGCCGAGAGGAGGCAGAGCCGAGCAGUGGCUGUCCGCCAUCUCACCAGGAUGCUCUGUAACUCCCUGGGUACACAGCCCCUUCUCACUCCUAGGAAGCAAUGCAAUUUUAUUUUUAAACGACGUUGCCUUGAGCAGGGGGUUCCUGAGGUUGUUCAGGGGCUCGGGACCGCGGCAAAAGCAUCCGUGAGAAGCGCGCCGGCCGCUCCGCUCGCUGCCGCCACGCACCUCCAACAGCCGGAAGGGCUGAGCCGGUGGCAGAAGGCAGCAUCCCAAAAUAAAACUGGCUGGAUGGUCCCAA